UGGCGUUUGACAGGUGUCGAGGUCGGUGAAAGCACAAAAAAGUCAUUUUAUUCGUUUUUUCGUGUGUCCUAAUUCGAAACUCAUGUCCCCGUGUUAAUUUAGUGGAUUUUAAUCAAAUUCGUAACAGGACAGACCCCCCUAACUUCUGUUUUUUAAUCACUAACUAAAUGGCGCCAUAAGGUGUUGUUUGUACACAUCCGUUUCUUUAAAUCGUCAGUUUUCGUGUUUUAUUCAAUUUAAAGAUGGACCAGACUCCCCCUGAGGAUCUAAAGCCGACUUUUAGGCUUAGGCACGCAUCAACCCCCUUAACCCAUUUAACUCGUAAACGCAAACAUGAUGAUACAUUUGAAUCUCCGAAAACCCCCAAAUUUUCAAGUACCUUAAACGAGUCGCUAAUCACAGACUUAAAAGAGAUUCGGUUGGCCAAUUCAGUUCCUAGUACUCCAGAGAAACAGUUGAGUUUUUUGGGGGCCAAAACUGUAGUCUCGUCACCGAUUCAAGAAUCUAGGAAGCUUCUGUACAGUAGUCUCAAAGAGGUUAAACCGGAACGUGAUAGAAAAUUUGGGUUGAAAGCUAAUAAAUAUGUUCCUGUCACUAAUAAGAAGUUGUUGCAAAGUAUCCUCAAUAUCAACGUUAUUAUGGACGUAAUUUUUCGGUACUUAUCAGGGGGCGAUUUGUACAGGUUUAGUCUGGUGUCACAAUCGUUUUACAAAGCCUUGGAAGCAAACAAAGAUGCGUUUUUACGGUACCAAGUCUACAAAGAGAGUUACAAAGACAAUAAGGAGAAUUACGUGAUAACCCCACCGGGAUCACCGGACAAGCCCGACAGCCCCCCGAGGACCAACAGCGAAAGGUUCAACAAGUUCCUCAGGGCCGCCCGCAGCCUCACCGGUUCCCAAACCUUGAUGAAAUGUGUCCGAUGCGAGGGGGUUGCCGUCGUCGACAACCAAAUCAGUCAAUGCCAAAACCUGAACUCGUGUGGCCUCAUCUCCUGUCUUCUGUGCUCAAGUUACUCCGAAACGGGUUAUAAAGACUUUAAAGACUCCUGUGGUCAUGCCUCGUUGCGGCCCACAUUGGGCGAUAUGAGCAACACAAUGGAAGAUUCCUUUUCAAAUUUUUCGACUCAAGACUCAGGUUUUUAUUCGGAGAAUGAAACACCGCCAAAGGUGAGACGGAAUCUCUUCCAGACUGUUAAUAGAGAAAUGCCCAAACCUUUGUCACUCUACAACAACAACAAAGUCGUCGUGACUUACAAGAGGAAAGAUUCUAUUUCGUACAUUCCAGUCGUGACCAAUGAACCUGUCCAGAAACAGGUGGAGUGUGAUAGCCCCCCGAGGCGUGGAUAUGCAAUGAGUUCCAAGCAAAUCAAGAAGAAUCUGAAGAGACUAACGCGUUAGCAUCACGUUACAGAUUAUGUGAUAAGUUUCGUACUUUUAAAGACAUUUGUUUUUGUGUUUAUUAUUCUCUAACAUUUCCAGUGUUAAUUAUUAAGUGUAAGCAUUUUUCAUAAAGUUUCAAUUUUUUAAA